UAAAGACAAAAAAUUCUAUUCAGUGAACAAUCGAUAACUGAAGUAAGUCAUAUUAAUAUACAAUGUAACCAUGUGAAAAACAGUUGGACAUUUCUUGAGCUGUCUACUGCACUCCGUGCUUGUUCUGAGAUAUGGAGGUCUCUGUGAUGUAGUCAAACAGGUGGAUAAAAAGAAAUGACGAGAGUGAGAAGCCCUAUUGAUUGCUGCUUAUUUGUUCUACCUUACAUCAGCCUAAAGUACAUUUCCUACAAUUAAGUUUGUUCUUGUUUAGUUUUUUAAACUUUUCAAAUAACUUAUUUAACAGCAUAAUAACAUUGUGAAGAUCUUGACAUUAGUAUUAUCGUGUCCGUAUGAACAUAUUUGCUUGAUCACAUUUUACAUCCCUCUUUCUAGCUUGAGUGUUAGUUGCUAGAUUCGCUGGAAGAAUCACUCGCUUUACCACACAUAUAAUUGUGCUUGAAUGUUAUUGAUUCAUUCGAUUCUUCAUUCAACUCUUAAUUAGUCUUUGCAUUCGCUCGCUAGCCCUCACCAGCAUUUCUGCUCGAAUCCACUUGGUGUGCUUGUGACUUAAUUAUCUGUGCUAUUCAAUGGUAAGAUGUAUUCGGAGCUUCGUUUCGCAUUCCGAACUUUACAAUCCCAGCAUAUGUCAUUUUGAAUUUAUUGCUUCUUUAACCUCUUUCCAAUCGUUUUUCAUAAUUGUUUAUGAUAUGGUCUGAAAAUUAUGACAUCUGUGAAGAAAACGAAACAAAAAGUGAAUGUAAGUUAUUGUGGAUAAAAAGAGUUUUCAUAAUUGAAAUCAUAAGUUAAUUGAAGCUAGAUCACCAUGGAAAACUUGGAAGCACUGGACGACCGUUUCGUCCUAUUAUGGGACUCUUCAGCAGUGCACUUCCACGAUCCCGCCUUGCGAGAUUCGAACCUAGAACCUAACAGUCUCGCGCCAGAGCACUUAUACGAUAGAACACUGAGCUAGUCGGCAUCCAAUGGUGUUAAUGUCUAACUUCAACCAAUCCAUGAAGACUUUCAACAAUCGGUUUUGUGAUGAUGGGAAAAAAUUGUAGUUCAAGUGGAUGAUUUUGGUGUUGUUGAGUUCUUUGAAGCUGUCGUUCUGGACGUUGCCAUCAGAGCCUAUUUCAUUUUGAAGUGAGCUGUUCAGUUAUUGCAUAAACACUAAAUUAUAUCAUUGAAAUGACUUUUUCCUUUGUGUUUUGCACCGAUUUUCUUGGUAUUCCUUUUGAUCUCAUGGUUGAUUAAAUCCCUAUAGUGUAGCUAAUCAGUGUAUAGAAUAAUUGAUUAGAUCUACACUGUUGACUGACUUUAACAUCAUGCCUAUAGAAGUUCUCUAUCAUUUUGAAGAUUCUCUCGAUUGACAAUUUUGAAGUUUUCACAGUUGAGUUCAUCUCCACGGUUGGUCAACCAUAAAGUACCAUGACGUUUCACUGAUCGUUUUUACUCGUGUGUACGUAAGUGAAUGGGGAGUCUAAUUUGUUCAAGUAAAUUUUCUGUAGGUUGGUUUAAUCUAAUUUGUAGUUGAAGUUGUAUUUGUAUUCUUUCACUGUUGUGUCUUUUGAUCUGCAUAGAAUGGAAUAAAGUGAUUGUGAUUGUUUGUGGAGCAUAUUGAUCUGAAAAGGUUUUGAAAUCCUUAUGGUGAUUUCUGACGUGGUUCCCACAUAUGACAGAGCGACUUUUUUCCUGGUAUAUGAGCUUCGUUUUAUUCAAAACAAAAAUGAAAGAUUCACAAUUUAGAACUGUGCUGGUAGCUCCUACGGGGGACACUGCCGGUUUCAUCCCCGGAUAAAAGAGAAGGGCUGGCAUGGGGUUAGCGACCCUGUCCAGUAAAAAACUAACUCCCUAAGAAAACGCUAACCAGAAAAAAAUUAUUCAAACCAUUUAAAGUCUGCCAUGGGAGUUGAAAGAAUAAUUAUAGCGUCUCAUAAUGAAAACAGAGUUCCUUCGGAAGUCAUGAGGCUGAUGCACCUUCCUACAAGCAGAGCAACAAUUUUUAUAGGUACAUGAAAUAUCCGGACAAUGUUUGGUUGUAGAAUGCUGGUUGGCGGCCUAUGCUCCAUUGGGAGUAACAGGCGUAAGUAAGUUAGUCACAAUUUAGACCAUCUAAAUCGGAGAACUUAACAGCACCAAAAUGUGUUUAGUAUUUCGUCUAAAGUUGAUCAUCACUUUAGAAAAGAUGCAAAAUUUGAAUGAUAUUAGUAACUGACAAUAUUUCUCAAAUGUAAAUCAAUUGGUUUGGUCAAAAACGAUUCCCUUAUCUUCAGCUAUCAUUUCAGUCAUUUCUUUAUGAAUUGAAUCCUGGUAAGUCAUUACAUCUGAUGUUGAGGUAGUUACAAUUGAGUAUUAAAUAGGUUUUUUACUGAAAAUAUAAAUAAUAACUAAAUUAUAAGGUAACCAACUUACUCAUACUGGUGACAUGACUCAGAAACACAAUGAAAGGCUUAUGGAGGGGGGAUAGGAUCUGACUCAAAACUUAGAUCGUAUGAAUGGUUAUUGUCAAAAUAUACAUCCUGUUUAUCCUCGUAUGUAAUACAUGAUGAAUAAGGAAGUUAAAUAAGUCAAAUACGGGAAUGGAUUUUGAAUACAUAUACUUUGUACAUUUAUUGAUCUGGACAGGAAAUCAUAGGGGUGAAGCGAAUAGAAGAGAGCGAAGCGAGAAUAACGCACAUCGUAGAUGGUGGGUAAGCUAACUCUAGAUAAUGAAGCAAGAAUGACGCACAUUGGAGAUGGCGGGUAAGCCAACUCGCUUAGACCAAACGUUAAUCAAUAUUUAUAGUCAGAUAAAAAUAGAUGACAGAUAUGUGAUGAGUAGGAUAAGAAGAUGUACACACAUAUACGCUCAUAUAGAAAUAGCCAGGGUCAACAAGUGAAUAAUUAACAAGGUGAAAACAUGACUCAAGAUAGAUAGGUAAAUUGGCUUGUCCCCGAAGCUAGAAUAAGGUAGGUAUAUGAGCUUAACAUAUCAACCAACACUACAGGCUAAUUCUUUUUUCUAUGAAUGUGACCUGUACAAAACACUUGAAUGUCUUUUUGAAAAAUAACAUCAGUUAUUUCAUUAACCAACAUGUAGGUUCAAUGUUAGGGAACAACUGCGUCAACGCCUUCUGGUUUUAACGAUGACCCAGCUAAAGUCAUUCCAUAAUGUAAAACAACUACAAAAUGUUUCUACUUUAAAGCAAAUUCUUAGUUCAAUUCAUUUGUGAAUUCUAAUUUCCAAUAUAGUUUACAGAUAAGAUAGAAACAAAAGAAAGGCAAUGUCCUAUCAAAGACGAUGUGAACAUUGAUCAACAAGAUGAAAUAUUAUCCUCUAAAGUUACGUAAGUUAAGUAAACAUAAAGUGAGUCAUAUAUUUCUAUCGUUGAGAUCAUGGAUCAAUUGAAGACAGACCACCAUGGAAAACCUGGAAAUACAGGACUGUCGUCUCGUCCUAUUAUCUGACUCUUCGACAGUGCAUAUUCACGAUCCCGCCUAAGGGACUCGAACCCACAACCUAUUAGUCUCGAGUAGGAGCGCUUAACCUCUAGACCAUUGAGUCGGCAUCCCAUGGUGUUAAUGUUUAACUUCCUGGGUGCUGGGUUAGAAUCUCGCGUGUUGGAUCUUGGAUGCGCAGUGCUGUGGAGUCCCACAAUAGGACGAAACGGCCGUCCAGUGCUUCAUGGUUUUCCAUGGUGUUCCAGCUUCAAUUGACUCAUGCUCUUAACUAUUAAAACUACCAUCAUAUCCACAAAAGUCCCUUUCUCAUUUCUUUAUAUUUAGAGAAAACUAACAUGAUUCAACGAUGACCAUUCGAAAAUUACACAUCUAUUUAACUGAUACAAAUUUUAUUGGUUUUGAUAUUUUUCAAAAAUCAAUAAAUAGAUGGUAUCAAUCAAAUAAUGAAUUUAAGUAUAUGGUUACGAAGUUAAUUCAUUUAACCGAUUUUCAACAUCCCCUAACAUCAAACAAACAAUCCAUCUCAUCAUUAUCAUCUUCACCACCUCCAUCAGGUGAUAAUAUUGAAACAUUAAUUGCCAAGGCAACUAGAAGAAACACUAUAGUCUAUUCAACAACAGCUGAAAAUGAAGAUUUACAACAGUUAAUGAAUAUGUUUAAACCAUUCUUUAAAAGUGAUACCAUAAUAUCCAUGGAUACAAAUAAUACUCAAAUUGAUCAUCAUAUUCUAACCUUGAAUGACUAUUUAAACAAAUUUGAUCGUUGGAUUAAUAAAACUAAAAUGAUCAAUGAAUCAAUAAACAAAAGACGGGCAAAGUUCAAUUAUAUUCAUCUCAUCAAUGAACAGUUGAUUCAGUUGGAUAAUCAUUUAAGAGUCGUUUUCGAAAACUAUCCUUUGUAUACUUGUAAAGGAUUACCUAAUAAAGUCAUUACAGUUAUGGAACUUCUUGUAACUCAGGUAAGAUCUUUCAUGAUAUUUUGUUUCGGUAAUGGAGUUGCUCAAAUUACUUAA